UCUGAUGUAGCCGCAACGAAAAACGAAAAUUUGCUAUAUUAUAAUUUAAACUAGAAUUGAGUAGAGAAUCAGGUGCAAAUAAGAAGGAGUUGAAUUAAAAGGAGCUACAGAUAACAAAAACGCGCAGACAAUCGAAUAGAAGAUGUCUAGUUUACAACGUACAAUUCUCAAGGGCAAAUUGCCACCCACAAUCACUGGGCGCAUAGGCAGAGCUGACUCCUUUAAAAAGUCGCGCAUACGCGAUUACACCCCAGUCAUGUGGAGUGAUUUUUUUGCUGAGAAGGAGGACGUCAUGAUUGAUGAGCAGCGUACCUUUCGAAUCUAUCGGACCAAAAAACCCGAAAAGCCUGGACCAGUAAUUUUGCUGUUACAUGGUGGAGGAUACUCAGCACUCACCUGGGCACACUUUUGUUCAGAAGUCACAAGCAUGAUACACUGUCAGUGCUUGUCCAUCGAUUUGCGUGGCCAUGGCGAUACAAAGACGGAUAAUGAAGAUGACUUGUCGGCAGAUACGCUGUCAAAGGAUAUUGGCGAUCUGAUAUUAAAGCUCUAUCCCGAUGAGGUGCCACAAAUCUUUGUCGUAGGACAUUCAAUGGGCGGCGCAAUUGCUGUGCAUUUUGCUCACAUGGCUCUUGUGCCCAAUUUGAUUGGCAUUACUGUCAUCGAUGUCGUUGAAGGCACAGCCAUGGAAGCGCUCGCCAGCAUGCAAAGCUUUUUACGUUCGAGGCCCAAAUACUUCCAGAGCAUACCCAAUGCUAUAGAAUGGUGCAUACGUAGCGGACAGGUACGAAAUGUGGAUAGUGCCAAAGUCUCAAUGCCUGGACAGAUAAUCAACUGUACAACGAAUCAGCUAGCAACGAAUGACCUGCCCUUGCCUGAUGAAGAGCUUGAAGCUGCCCAGCACACCAGUAUGUUUCCGAAUCCAUUCAGCAUUUCUGAAGACGAAGAAGUCGGCAACAGUGCUGAUGAUGCCGCAGCAUCUGCCACCGAUGAGGCCAGUGCCAAUGAUGAUUCAGCAAAUAGUGCAGACUUCAAAAAGCCCAUUACGACCAAAGCACAGACAGAUGCAGCAAAGAAUUACACUUGGCGUAUUGAUCUAUCUAAAUCCGAAAAAUAUUGGGUGGGCUGGUUCUCGGGCCUCAGCGACAAGUUCCUUAAUUUACGUCUCCCCAAGCAGCUGCUCCUGGCUAGCAUCGAUGGAUUAGAUCGCACACUAACCGUCGGCCAAAUGCAGGGCCGUUUCCAGAUGCAAGUCUUGGCACGAUGCGGACACGCCGUGCACGAGGACCGUCCACAUGAGGUUGCCGAGGUAAUUAGCGGUUACUUAAUACGCAAUCGCUAUGCGGAGGCAGCCGGUGAGUUCCGUUGCCACAUGCCCUCCUGUUGAAUAUUUUAUUCCUUGUACAAAUUUUUUGGCACAAGCGCUAAAACAAAUAACACAAAUAGUUGUCUAUUUUUUAAUGGAAAAUUAUAUGUAAUGUACUAGGUCGCGAGACCGAAGCGCAUGCGUGUAUAUGCAACAAGUAGUGUAUAAUAACAAGCCGAUACAUAAAAUAUUGAUAUAGACUACAUAUACUCUACUUAUUUAUUCGAUUUUACAAAUAUACAAUUAUUAACUCUUGAAUUUAUAUUAAUUUAUGCUCGUUUUGCCAAUCGAACAAUGAGAAGUAUUCAGUAAUUACUUUUGUUCCCAAAGUUGGGCUUCUUACCUUGUUAAUAUAUCUGUAUGUGUGCGUGUAUGUAUUUGUAUUUAAUGUGUGCCAGAUUUAGUUAUAAUUAACACAUGUUUACUAUUACUAUUAUGUAUAAAUAUAUAUAUUAAUAUAUAUUUAUGAAUCCAAUCAAUUCAAUAAAGCUAUAUAAUUAAUCGAU